AUAUAAUGUUCUUUUUACGGAACAUUAGAAUAAUUUGAUUUAUAAUUGGAAAUGCUGAUUGUUAAAGGUGAAUUUUCAAAGGUGAAUUGUUCACGAGUCUCCAUUGCAGAUAGUUCAAUGAUGAUGAAUUUCGCAUUUGGUGAUGCGUCAACGAUAACCAAUCAGAAUAAUCUUAAUUGCAUCUUUGAAAGAAAUAAAGAUCCACUUGUUUUCAGUGGCUUCUUAUUAACAUUGAUCGGUUUAGUUCUUGGAUUAAUAAUAAUGUUUAAUAACAAACUACAUUCUACAUCUACGAAGAACAGUAUCUUCAUUGUGAUAACCAUGAUAAUUAUGAUUGUUGGUUUUGCGUUACUAAUUUCAUGUACAAACUGGUAUGAAGUAAUUAUUUCUGCAUUUGUGGCUAAUGUGUUCACUAUCUUGGCCAUUUUAUUGAGUCUAAAUCUACAUGGGCCAGAAAGGCAAUGGAAGACAGUUUUGUUUGCGAUUUGUGGUGUAAUUAUUGUAACUGGAUUCAUACUCCUGGUUUUGGGGUUGAUAUUGAAAGUGAAGGGUUUACUCGUUGCAACAUAUGUUUGUUGGUGUUUUGUAACGUUUAUUGUGAUGAUAUACACAAUAUAUUAUCUGAACAGACACCGCGAUGAAGAACAUUUGUCUACACUCUACAGUUUAUUCUUUGUGAUUUAUGAAUAUUUCUUACUUGUCAUCAAUGUACAAUUAUCCUUGAAUGCAAUCAUCGAUUGCCAAUCAAAAAAUGAGAGAACUUAAUGAGAAAAUGAUUAAACACGAAUACUCUAUGCUUUUCCAUUGAAUGUUUUAAUAAGUUUAAAGAUAUUCUCAUAUAUACACGAGGCAUGUUUUGAAAAUUAUUAUCAACUGCUUUGUCAUUUAUAAUAGAUUUUCUGUUCAAUAAAUCUUCG